AUGUCGUUCUACUUUAAGGAUAUUAAGCCGGGGUACGAUUCUGCGGGGUCAGAUGAUGAACUGUCAGACGUAUUAAACAGCAAUAGAAACAAUAAUGACGUCUCUAGUGAUUCCGAAGAUGAUGAUUUAAGUUCACUUACAUUUGGUUCGUUGAAGAAGGCCCAAGAUACCAUAUUAACGGAAGAGCGUGGGGCUGCUUCUAAAACUAGUUCAAAGAGGAAACCUAAUAAAGUAAAACCUAUCGUUGAGAAAGAAUCAGACCCUGAAGAAUCAGGUGAUGAUCUGGUAGAGAGCGAAGAGCAGGAAGACAGUGGGUCUGAAGACAGUGAAGGUGACUUCUUUGAAGAAGGCAGCAACCAAUCUGGCAAGAAGAAGACUCGUAAGCAUGCUCCAAAAGAGCAAUCAUCAAAAAAACGGGUACCCAAAGUACGUGAAAUCCCUGGGUUAAACUACGCUAAACGAGAAAAUCAGCUUUAUACAGAUAUUAGAUUCGAUAAGUCCAUGGGCAAACCUGAAAACUUCGCAAAAGUGCGUAGCAGAUAUGGCUUCCUAGAUGAGUAUCGGCAGAAGGAAAUUGAUGAGCUGAAAUCAAUGCUUGCGGAUAGGAAGCUCAUGAGCAAGAUUUCGGAAAGAGAAAAGGAAGAAAUGGAAGCCAGGUUAAUCAGCUCCAAAUCAAAGUUGCAGUCGAUUCAAAAUAGAGAAUUAGAGACAAAGAUUGUAAAAGACUAUGAACAGGAGAUAAACAAGAACAAUAAGGGGAAGUUCCACUUGAAGAAAUCAGAAAAACGGAAGGUCGUUCAAAAGUGGAAGUUCGAUAACAUGAAAUCUAAACAAAGGGAAAAGGUUAUGGAGAGAAAAAGGAAGAAGAGACUCGGAAAAGAGUUUAGAAGCUUCGAAUUUCAUAAUAGGUAG